UGGAUCGCCCAGUUCGACGCCAGCCUUAGUAGCAUCAGGACAUAGACCAUGAAUCGCGUCAACAACAUGGCCAUCGCUCUGCUAGUGCUGGGCUGUCUGGCGUCGGCCCACGCGUGGGGUGGGCUGUUCAACCGGUUCAGCUCCGAUAUGCUGGCCAACCUGGGCUACGGGCGUGGGCCUUACCGCCACUAUCCUUAUGGACAGGUGGAGCCAGAGGAGGUCUACGCCGAAGCGCUGGAGGGCAACCGCAUCGAUGACGUCAUCGACGAGCCGGCCCACUGCUACAGCUCGCCCUGCGCCACCAAUGGCGACUGCUGCCGUGGACUUCUCUGCCUGGAUACCGAGGACGGGGGGCGCUGUCUACCCGCAUUUUCCGGCAGAAAGUUCGGCGAGAUGUGCAACAGAGACAACCAGUGCGACGCCGGCUUGGUCUGCGAGGAAGUGGUGCCAGGCGAGAUGCACGUCUGCCGCGCGCCGUCUCCAGGCCGCAAGCAAUACAACGAGGACUGCUCCGCCUCCAGCGAGUGUGACGUCACCCGAGGCCUGUGCUGCAUCAUGCAACGUCGUCACCGCCAGAAGCCAAGGAAGAGUUGCGGAUACUUCAAGGAGCCCCUGGUCUGCAUCGGCCCCGUGGCCUUGGACCAAGUCCGCGACUCCCCCCAACACACCGCCGGUGAGAAGAGGGUUGGCCUCUUCCGUCUCCACUAAACACCGACUACCUCGUAAACUGAGCAGGCUUGAGCUAAGUUUAAUUUAAGUUUAAUGGAGUUUUAAUGUUUUGGAAUUAAUUGGGAAGAGGACGGAAAUAACAGGCGACGAUUGAGCCAGCUGGAGUGUUAAUUCCAAAAUAUUUGAAUUAAUUUUAUUUUAAGUUUAAGGAAACAUUUUUAUGUGAAAUUAAUUUGAGACUUGAGAUUUUUUUAAUGUAAUUUAAUUUCUUAUGUAUCUAAAUCUUUUAUUAAAUCAAUUUAGAGAUACUUACUUGUAUGUUUAUUUACUUCUUUUUGUAUUGUAAAUUAUCUCAAUCUUGCUUAGUUUACGUGUUUAAGAAAACUGUUUUAUUGAUAAAAAUUGUACUUCAUUUGAUCACGUACGAAUUUUUAUCGAUGAAUACAAAAGGAAAAAAUGUUAAAAGAUAUAAAUUACUGACAAAGUCGUUAUUUGCUUGAAGUUACAAUUAUUAUAACGGGCUUUUAACAUUUUUUCUUACUUUUCGAUUUAAUGCUUCUUGAACCAACCUUUAAACUUUAUUACGUGCGUUUAAGAUUUAUAUUUGAAUGAAAAAUAAGGAAUGUCAAAAAAUCUUGAGAGAAUUUGAGAGUUUUAAAAAGCAUUAAAUCAAAAAUAAUAAAGCGAAAAAAUACAAUGGUCAUUUGCUUUCGAAAACGGUCAACCGAUUAGCAAAUUUUUUUUUAUAAGGAAAGCUACACGAAAAAAUAACAAAAAGAUGUAAUAGUAAAGUGAGACAUAUCAUUUUUAGUUUAUACUUUAAUAUUACCGUACGUAGUUUUUAGAUUAUUAAUAAUAAAUGUUUAAAUUAAUCCGUACUUAUGAAAGUUAAUAUUAAUAUUUAUCGUGACGUUCCGAGUCGCAUCUUAUUAUUAGAAAAUUUAAUGUGUUUAAUCUUUAACAUUAAAUUAAAAUUAUGAAUAGAAUUAAUAUAAAAUAAAAUAUUAAGUCUUUAAAGAUUGAAACAAAUACAUAUCCCACUGGCUGAGGCAUUUAUAUAGUUUUUAAUAAUAUUGAUGUUAAAUUUACUGUAUUUAAAAUUAAUAAUAAUGAAGCAUAUCAUACUCUAGUCUUAAGCUAUCUUUGGUGUAAGUGUAAAAUAAUUUUAAUUUUCGCUUAUUAUUUUCUAAAUUAGGUAAAACUCAAGCAUACUAUGCUAGGUGCCUAGGUAAAACAUAUCAUUAAAUAAAAAAAAAACUUUUUUAAUUUUAUUAAAACUAUCUUAUAAGUUAACACACCUUCAUUAUUUUAUUUGUUACAUAUUGUUAGCCUAAGAACUGUGAUGAUUAAAUAUUUUCUGAUAAUAUAUCUAUUUAAAUGAAAAACAUAUUUUUCUGCCAAAAAUUCUUACCGUUAAAGAUAUAUGAUAUCUUCUUUGAAAUCUUUUCUAAUAUUUGUAUCCGUAGUUCUUUUUUUCAUAUGGAGGCCUAAAUUUAGAAUUUGGCUUGAUAGAAUACAUAGUCGCGAGAUUUUGCCGAUACUGUAACCACUAUGUUGUUAGUUGAUAUAUAAAUACCAUGUUGUACGUACGAUGUAACUUGUGUAUUAAUAUGUGUUAAUUAUAUAAAUUAUGUCA